CUUCGCGUGGCAAAACGGCCCGGACGCUUGGAUUCCACUAGAUGGCCGUUCCGAGGCGUGCUCAACGCGCGCUCUCAACCAGGGUGCAGACACCGCCCACUGUGCUGAACUUCGCGCGCACGGCUCGCUUUGAAUACCUGUGAGUCUUCGCAGGAAUCUGAGCUAUGGUUGCCUCAGACUUUGGGUCGCUGCAGGCAUUCAGGAUGGUCUCAGUUGUUUUUAUCGAGGCGCUACUCUGUAGCUGCAUUCGAAGGGUUGCGAGGGCGCAACAAAAUGCAUGAUGGCUUGCGUUUGGACGGAGGCGCCAAGCACACAGAGAACAAUUUUCAGCAUUGGCUCUUCAGGUGGAGCCUCGUGAUUUGUAGGGUUGAUUGGAUGAGUGAGGAUGCUUCGUUUGGCACGCACGUAAGGGGGCCAACGCAAGACCUUUGAUCUCUCUCAAGAGCAUUUCGGGACCGUUCCUCAUCAGGCUGUCAAAGGUGACUCACCGCUGUCAAAAACGGUGCUCACCAUUUGAAGGGCUUCUAUUUUGAGAUAGAGAUGUGCACGGUUGCGCGUUACGGCGUUGUGCGCAAAUUUUUGGAGACUCGUCUUGUAAAAAAUUGGAGUCUGCGCUAUGGAGCUGCCGGAGCAGCUUGCCGCACCCACGGAGGUGAGCAAGGGCGAGUUCGAGGAGGGCGUGGAUGUGACCAAGUUAGAGGCGCUGCUGAAGGACCAACGAAGGACUAUGUCUUCUCUCAAUGCAUUGGUACGCUGAACCCUCCCAGCUUCGGCGCUGUGCUCGGGGCGAAGAGACUGAGGGGUGAGACCCUUUGCGUGCUCUACUCGGUGCGAAGCACCGGGCCAGCGGAUCGGCCGGCCUAUGAGAAGUGUAUCGGCGACGAGGAGAGGGUCUCUGAGGAAGUGGUGUACGUCAAUGACUAUGCCUCCAUCUCGCAAGCACCGCCACGGUGAAGCGGCAAAAGACAUGCGCCAUUGCAAGGGGCGCGGACGACCGAGCAAGGACCUUGCCUUUCUGAAC